AUGUUUGCGCGUAUGCCGUGCGGGCAGCUGCGUGGACUACCUGGCGGGGUCCGCAGUGGCGCAAACCCGAGACCGUGGAGGUGGAGACGCUUCCAGUUGCGGAAGGCGGACGCCUGCAAUUUGCGAUCAAGGACCUGGAGCCAGAGAAGCUCUACGUCGUCGAAAUCCGAGCCCAGGGCGCUAGCGGCUGGGGCGAAUGGUCCCGAGUCGGAGAAAAUCCGGUCUGCACCGCCGUGGUCGCACAGGAGCCCACAGCGCCCGAGUUGGUCUACGCCACGUCGCGGGCGCUGA